AUUAUAGAAACACUUAAGGAGCUACAGGAUUUGGAUUUAUCACUGAAUAUUCUAUCGAAAACUGGCAUAGGCAGAACAGUGAACAGCUUGAGGAAGCAUGCUACUGCUGGGAAUGUGGCUAAAACUCUGGUAAAGCAAUGGAAAAAGCUUGUUUCACCAGAAGAUAAAAGUGGUCACAGAGGAAGGAAAAAUACUGAAAAAGAAAAAGAUGAGCCCAUAUCUUCUGUUUCCAAGGAGAUUAAGCCUUCAGAGGAGUCCAAAGCAUCUGCAUUGGCCUUCAGACGUCCCAACCAUGCUUCUAAGAAGUUGAAUAAGCAGCGUAUUUGUGGUGAAAAGAAACAGCAAAGCAGAGGUUCUGAGUCUCCAACAGAAUGUGAUCAGAAUGAAUGCAGCAGCAGCAGUUCUAAGCAUGCUUCCCACGGUACCAUUUCUCAGGAAAGUGAGUUCAAAGAGAGCACCUCCCCAGAGAGCAAGAAAGCUUCAGGAAAGCAGCAUUCCUCUGCAGCCAAGAAAGACUUAACAUCCCUGAAGAAAAAGCCUAGUAAAGAUGAUUCCAAACAGAGAAAUCCUAAAUGUAUGAAGAAACCCAAGGAAAAACCUGUCACAAAAGGCAAAGCCAAAUUAUCUAGUGAUGAGGAAUUUGAGCCCCCUACUAUGUCUUUCGAAUCUUAUCUUAAUUAUGAUCAGGUUACCAACAAAAGGAAGAGGAAAGCUUGUUCUACGGGUGCAAGGCCAAAGAAAGGCAGUGAACACAACAGCUCAUUACCACAGAAGACUUCGAAGCUUUCACCUGCAAAAGAGGCAGUGGAAGAUGUCAAAAAAUGUGAGAGUGAUCAAUCAGAAACUCCCAGUAAAAAGGCCAAAGUGGCAUCCCUCCAAGAGCUUCUCAAUACUCCACUGCCAAAAUCUCUGACAGACAUCUCCAUCUCAUCUCCCCCAUAUGCUGCAGACUUUGCAGCACCUGUGGUAGAAGUACCCCAGCAAGUCAGCGAGACAGCUCAGUUCACAGGACGGAGACUCAACUCUAAGAUGCAGGUUUACUCUGGCUCCAAGACAGUUUGUCUUUUGAAGAUGCUUACACUGUAUGAGCAGUGCAUCCGUGUGCUUCAAAACAAUAUUGAUUUGCUACAAGAAGUAGGAAAUGUGCCCUUUGAAAUUCUUGAGCCUGUGCUGACACGUUGCACACCUCAGCAGUUGUUUUGAAUAGAGGAGUAUAACCUGGCAUUUAUAAAAGAGUCUGACCACUUGUGGAAGAAACACUGCCAGAGAGACUUUAAAAAUGAGAGCCUCCUGGAAAAUGAGUCUUGGCGUGAGUUGUACUUGAGGCUGUUUAAUCAGAGAGAAGAAAAACUGAAGAUGCUUACAAAAAAUAUUCUUACAGCACAGUCUGAGAAACCAAAAGGAAGGAAAGUGAAAAUGGCUUAUAUGAGCAGUGCAGCAAAACCACCCAGGGACAUUCGCCGAAAGCAGGAAAUCCAUGGGACAGCAGGACCUUCCAACCAGCUUCAUCCCAUGGGGAAAUUCAAAACAAGGUUUCCAGAAAGCAGAGACAGAAAUAACACAUCAUCCAAUCCGAUCUCUGCUCAGGAGAGAAGCUCUAGCUCAGGCAUCAUGACUCAAGAUGGAAAGAAGCCUAUCAAAAGACUGGCACCCAUCAUGAGGAAGACUUUGAAAGCAUUGAAGAGCAGAGCUGGGCACCGAUAG